UCUCACUCAGGGCAAGCAGCCUCCACAAAUCAGUGCUCUGUGAAACUCUGAAGGAUCUUAAUUAAAUCUGUAAUGACAAAGUUUGCAAAAAUACAAUAGAAUGCUCUGUGUGUGUCUGCAGUCUUCAUAGCCAUGCCAUGGGUAUCUUUUCUGUACUUGCUCUGCCAUUGCUGCUCCUGGGGAUCAGUGGAAUUAUUUACAUUUACCAGUCGGUCAGGUGGCUGCUGUCCAAGUCAGCAGUGCAGAACAAGGUGGUGGUGAUCACAGAUGCCAUCUCUGGGCUGGGCAAGGAAUGUUCUCGUGUGUUUCAUGCAGGAGGAGCAAGGCUUGUGUUGUGUGGCAGGACAUGGGAGAAGUUAGAAGUCUUGUAUGAUGCCUUAAUUAGUGUGACAGACCCCAGCACGACAUAUGCACCAAAGCUGAUUCUUCUGGAUAUCACAGACAUAAGCUGCAUUAGAGAUGUAGCCAAGGAAAUCCUGAACUGCUAUGGCUGUGUGGAUAUUCUGAUCAACAAUGCAAGCAUGAAGGUGAAAGGAGCAGUGCAGAGCAUUUCACUGGAACUUGAUAAAAAGAUAAUGGAUGCCAACUAUUUUGGACCUAUAACAUUAACCAAAGCCAUCCUUCCUAACAUGAUCUCAAGAAGAACUGGCCAAAUUGUUCUAAUCAAUAGCAUCCAAGGGAAAAUAGGAAUUCCAUUUCGUGCAGCUUAUGCUGCUUCCAAGCAUGCUGCUGUAGGAUUUUUUGAUUGCCUUCGAGCUGAAAUGGAGGAAUUUGAUAUUUCUGUCAGCACUGUGAAUCCAACCUUCAUCUGCUCCUACCAUCGCCAGCCAGCACCAGGCAACUGGGAGGCAUCCAUUUGGAAAUUCUUUUUCAGGAAGGUGUCCUAUGGUGUGCACCCCGUGGAGGUGGCAGAGGAGGUCCUUGCCACGGUGAGCAGGAGGAAGCAGGAGGUGCUUAUGGCCAAUCCCAUCCCCAGAGCAGCAGUUUACAUCAGAACAUUCUUCCCCGAGCUGUUUUUUGCCAUUGUUGCCUCAGGGAUUAGGGAAAGGCUGAAGACAGAAGAGGAAAAUUGAUUUUGUUGAGUUAUUUCUUUGCUUUUGACCUGAAAAAAAAAAAGGUUUUUGUUUUGAAUGUCAGUGACUUUGUUUGCUAUGAGUAGAAUAAUUCCACUAUCACUGACACACACAAUCAUCUAUACAUUUAGGAACUUCAGGUGAAGCAAAACACCAUUGAAGGGUCAGCUGGACUAGCUCCUAAAUUUAAAUUUAAAUCAUCUAAAAAUUGUUUUUAGGGAUUAUGACAUUGUGCCAUUGGAACCAAACUGCUACAAGUCCCAUUGCUCACAUAACUUCCAGCACUUACAGACCUCGUUCAUAAUACAAUCACCAAACACGACAGGAAUUCUGAGGGCAAAGGAAUAUUUGUCACUUGCAGGGACAUGAAUCUUUGGCUGUAGCUCUAAUUGAAUUGCUCUGGGUUCAGGAAACCUGGCUCAGAGAAGUGUUCACCUCUGGGAUGGAGGGGUCAGUUCCUGCAGCUCCUGCUGGAGCUCCAUCUGUUUUUCUGGUGUAGCACUGGGGUUUUAUUGUGGUGUGAGUGAUUUUGCCUUCACUAGAAAGUCAAAAAAUCAUUUGUUCAAAACUUUCUUGGUCCUCAGCAGAACUCAACUCCCUCAAACCAGUGGGUAUUUGCUGUAAUCUCAGUUCUGUUUGUUUCUGUACCUCAGCAACAGCCUAAUCUUCCACAUUUCCAUAAGAACAAGAUGCAGAAUAAGCAUAAUUUCAUAAUUUCAUCAGAAAAGGGUCAGGCACCACAGGACAUCCCAGCUAAACAUGAAUCAGCAUUGCUUGUGGCUGCCCCAUCCCUGGAAGUGUUCAUGUCCAGGUUGGAUGGGGCUUGGAGCCACCUGGGAUAGUGGAAGUUGUCCCUGCCAUGGGUGAAAGGACACAGAUGCUUUUUGAGGUCCCUUCCAACCCAAACCAUUCUGUGAUUUCUAUGAUUUCUAUUAUUGUCCUUCUUUGUGGUAAAAACAAGUGGAUUACAUGUUAAAAUAAGCUGAAUAAUCCUUCUGCUCAAUUUUGCACGUUCUAGAGAUCAGCAGAAAUUCUUCACACAAUUUCACUUCCAAACUGUGAGCAGUUCAAGGAGCCACAGCAGAAGGCAGUGAAAGAGGUGAAAUAACACCAAUAUUCUGUCAAGAAAGUUUUAAAAACCAGAUGAAUUUUUACCUAGAAAGUUGUAUCUGAAUGAUUUUCAAAUUCCUGACAUGUUCUGCAGAGAAGGCAGGACUGAAGUGUUCUCCAUGUCUGCUGGAGUAGGACAAUGUGCUAAAAUUACUGCCAAGGAGAUUUACAGGGACAGCAUUUUCUGCUAAGAAUAGUUAAGCACAAAGGAUAAAUUGCCACAGAAAUUUUCAAAUGCCUGUCUUCAGAAGCUUUAAAGAAGAGAUUAACGAAACAUCUGUAAAAAAGCAAUGUAGUUUUAGUUUAUCCUGCCUAAAAGAAAAGAAGGAUUAGAUGACCUUUUAAAUGGGUCACACUUUUCUCUAAUUCAGUGGCUUUUCCUCAUCUUGAAGAUGAGGUUUCUCCACUGGUAUUUCAGACACAAUAUUUUUUUUCCCUCUGGGGAAAUCUAUUAUUUAAUCUGAAGUUUUCUAUUUCAUUUGUUUAUCUCUGUUUCGCUGUCUCACCUCUGGAUAUAUGUUGCACAUAAAAAUAUUAUGACAAGAAAAAGAAAUAUUAAAAUGAGUUCAGGAUAACAGGAAUUGCAUCCCAGAGGUGCCCAUUUCUCUCAUUAGCUUCCAUUAGUGGUAACCAGGACU